AUGUCUUACAGUACACGUAGGAGUGGCGGCUAUGCUGGCCAGCAACAACAGCAACCUCCUCCACAACAAAAUUUAGGAAAUAUCGGCCAGCGGAGGCCUGGCCCUGUAGUGACAAACAAUUUUGUAGCGAGUGGACAGCUGAAACCUCAGACCAAACCAGCAGGAGCUGCUCAGCAGCAAAUUAGACCACCACAACAGGCUCAGCAGACGCAGCAACAGUCCAGCACUAUCCAGUUUAGAAAUCAGGCUCAGACCCAACAGCAACAGACUAAACAGCAGCAAACAGCUGCACAACAAGCGGCUGCGGCAGCAGCUGCACAACAACAAGCGGCUGCGUCAGCAGCUGCACAACAAGCGGCAGCUGCUACAGCAGCUGCAGCUCAACAAGCGACUGCAGCGGCGACUGCUGCAGCAGCAACUGCACAAGUAACGCAACAACCUGCUGCACUGGCUGAUACAAAUGGAACUGAAGAAAUGGAAACAGAUGAUGUGAAGCCGAAGAAGCCUUUCUGGGCUAAAGGUGGAAAGGUUACUAAAAGAGAAAAAGUACGUAGACGCAAUGUAAGAUUAAGCAAAAUGUUGCAACCGAAAAAUGCGGUCAUGAUUUUAAAUGAAUUGGUGAAAAAUACUUCUUAUAUGGUAGAGGAAUUACCAUUGAAACAUGAAGGUAACCAGUUUAAAGCUACAGUGAUGUAUGAAGGAGUUGAACAUGCUGGAUAUGGUCGUAGUAAGAUCCAAGCCAAAAACACAGCUGCUGAAGCUGCACUCAAACAUUAUGUGAAAACUAACAAACUGACAGAAGUGAAAAAAGAUGAAGACGGUAAUGAAAAGAUGGAUGUAGCUGAAGAUGAUGCUAACCAGUCUCCUUUGCCAUGGCAACAUGUAGCCUCAUUCGCUUUGUACAAACUUUUCUCUUCAUGGGGAGAAGAUCCGAAUCUUGUUAAGAACCAAACCCAAAAUCUUUCCACUAGUGAAAAAAUGCAUGAUAACAAACCAGCCAAAAAGAUGCCCGACAAUGCUGGAAGUAUCAACCCCUUAAUGCUUAUCAACCAAAUGUUGCCGCAAGCGCAGUUUGAGGAAAUCGGCAAGACUGGUAACCCACCAAAUGUGGUCUUCUCCUUCAAAUGUAUUGUUGAUGAACAUGUGUUUAUUGGAACUGGACCAAACAAGAAGGCAGCGAAGAAAAUGGCUGCUUUUGGAGCGUGCAAUAAAGUUUUGGAUGUUAAAUAUCCACCAGAAGUAUAUUCUGCUAUAUAUUAA